AUGGAGUUAAGUUUUAUGCAAAUUAAAACUUUAAGGGAACUCAAAUCUACUACUCCUGCUAGCUCUAUCUCUCUCUCUCUCUUUGCUUCAGUUGCAGUUGGGAGGCAACCGUCACCGUACCAGCUAACCCAAUCCCAGCAGUGCCGUCUCCAACGAGCAUCCUCAAGCCAGCCGUCUCAACAGAUCGAAUACGAGGGAGAUAUCACUGAGCUGUGGAACGAAAAUGAGGACCAGUUCCAGUGUGCUGGUGUUACCCCUAUGAGGAACACUUUGCGCCCUAAUGCCCUCUCCUUGCCUAACUACCACCCAGCCCCUCGCCUCAUCUACAUUGAACAAGGUGAAGGGUUGCUAGGGGUAACAUUCCCAGGGUGUGCAGAGACAUUCCAGUCGGAGAAGAGCCAAGAGGGAAGAGGAGAAGAGGAACAAGAAGAGGGAGGCAGCAGCAGAAGAGACUAUCACCAAAAGAUCCCACGCAUUCGACGUGGUGACAUCAUCGCCCUUCCUCCCGGUGUUAACCAUUGGUGCUACAACGACGGCAACGAGGACCUCAUCGCCGUCUCCAUCAACGACCUCAACCACCAGUCUAACCAACUUGAUCAGAAACUCAGGGCAUAUUACUUAGCUGGUGGGGCACCAAGGAGAGGGCAGCAAGGCCUGAGAAGCCAGGAGGCCCGGGAGACCUUCAACAGCGUAAUGGACGGCUUCGAUCCACAAUUGUUGGCCGAGGCCAUGAAUGUACCAGAGGAACUUGUGAGAAGGAUGCAAAAUCAAAAUGAAAGGGGACUCAUAGUCAUUGCCCAAGAAGGGAUGAGCAUGAUUAGGCCCGAUGAAAGGGAAGAACAAGGAGAGUAUGGGUUUAGAUCCAACGGCUUUGAAGAAACUUUCUGCACGAUGAGGCUUCACCAGAACAUUGAUGAACGAAGAGAAGCCGAUAUCUACUCCAAGCAAGCCAGUCGUAUCAACAUUGUCAACCAACACAAGCUUCCAAUCCUCCGCUUCUUGGACAUGAGCGCCGAGAGAGGCAAUCUUUACCCGAAUGCAUUGUACACGCCACACUGGACAAUCAACAGCCACAGCAUAGUGUACGUGACUCGAGGGCAAGCUCAAGUGCAGAUUGUGGACAACAGGGGACAAAACGUGAUGAACGAUCGGGUGAAUGAAGGCGAAAUGUUUGUGAUUCCUCAGUACUUUGCACCAACAAUGAGAGCAGGAACCAAUGGGCUCGAAUUCCUGUCUUUCAGGACAAACGGGUCACCAUUGAAGAGCGCUGUUGGUGGUUACACUUCAGUUUUGAGGGCAAUGCCGCUUGAAGUCAUCACCAACGCUUACAAAAUGUCCCCAAGUCAAGCAGAGGGACUCAAGUUCAACACUGGCCGCCAAACUUACCUCGCAUCUGGGAGGAGUUCUUAAAUUUUGAUAUAUAUGUACGUAUGUAUAUCUACUAGUACUAGUACUACUGCGGUUGCUAGAAUCAGAAAUGUCUGAUAGGCAUCAGAGAAUAAUAAGUACGUAGAAGUGAAGUCUAUCAUCAACAAAAUGAGACCUUUGUUGUUUGUUGUAAUGAAAUGUUAAUGCCAUUUGGUUUUUGGAGGUUAUCUGGUCUCUUGACAUAUUUAGACAACAAAACCAUAAGAAGAAGCUCAGGCUCCAUGAUGCAUAUGGGGUCUUUCAACUUAUUGAUAAUCCAUCCCAAGAAAGAGAUUUCAACUCAUGCCACGUACUAAUUGUUAACUUUCUUACCACUCUCUCUUUUGACUCAUGCCGUGUCCUCCUCUACACGUCUCCUCUGCCUCAUCAUUGUUGUCCACCGCACCACACAAGAUCUAAUUUUUGCCACCAAACCCACCAUUCUUCGUCCCAAUUCAUGUUUCUAGACUAAGCAAAUCAAGGGAUAUGAUGCUACAUAUAUAUCGUUGUCAGAGGAUUAGUAAGAUGAGCCAUGGUGCUAUGUAUGUGCCUAUUUGUCUAUGUUUUCUAUCCUUCGUCUCUCUAUCACUUCCUCUAUUAAAAAACAAUGUGAUUUCAAUAUGAGAAAUUGCAUUAUGACAUUAAGUAAAACUUACAGAGAUAGUAACAAUAGUGGGGAAAAAUUCAACAACAAAAGUCGUCAAAAUUGCCAAAAAAUUCUCCGCCAGAGAGCUAUCAAGAAAAUUUGCCAUCACCCAGGUUUCACUAAACGUAGUUUCGUCUCAAAAAAAUUGUGUCCUCAAGCUAAUAAAUCUUUUCUAGUUUGUCUUUCAACUAAUAAAAUAUAUUGACUAGAGAUGUAGGGGGAAAAAACACUAAGCAAAAUAUUUUGAAACUAGACUUCUUGAUUAGAUUCAGUCUAGGGGUAAUGAGUAUUCCAACUGAAGUAGAGGGAGACAUACAUUCAUUCUUAAUAUGACAAAGCCCAAUUUUCACAAACUCUAUUGCUUCCAAAAAUAAAAACAGCUAUGUUAAUAUAACACAUCCAUCUGCACAAACACAUUUUACACCUUUUGGAAAAGACUAGGGUAAUACAUAACCAAAAAACAUAAAUACAUCAUAUAGAAUAAUUGGACUGAAUUGAUGCCUUUAAACAAAGUACCCACCAAAAUAUGUUGCAGUUACACAAAUUUCAAAGCCACAUCCUUGCAGAAUUUUCAGUAUAAAAAUCCAAUAUGAAUAUAAUUUUCCAUUGAAGAAUAUAUAUUGGAGUAAAUAAGGAAGCCGACAAGACAAAUACCAAUAGACAUAUGGCACCGCUACCUAAAACUUUUGUCCGCCUCAGCACAAGAUUAUACAUCAAGAGAGGUAACCAUUUAAAUGAAUGAGUAUAAUACCCAAGCUUAUUUACUCAAA